AUGGACUACGACCUCCGGAGCCUGCUCUACGAGGGCGUCUACACCGCCCGCGGCGCCCGGCCCCGCCGCCUGGCCAACCAGCAGAGCCCCGUGUCCGGCCUCAACUUCACGUGGCCGGCCAAGAAGGUGGUGGCCAUCGACGGCGACAUCAUCCUGGGCGGCCUCAUGAUGGUGCACGAGCGCCACAACGACCUCGUGUGCGGCCCCAUCAUGCCCCAGGGCGGCGUGCAGGCGCUCGAGGCCAUGCUCUACACGCUGGACUUUAUCAACGACCAGGAGGACUUCAUCCCCGGCGUCAGGCUCGGCGCGCACAUCCUCGACGACUGCGAUAAGGACACCUACGGCCUCGAGCAAGCCGUCGAUUUCAUCAAAGGUUCCAUCAGCAACAUAGACGACGGGGAGUACAAAUGCCGAGACGGGUCAUCGCCUGAGGUCAGAAACAAGGUCAUCUCAGGGGUCGUGGGCGCCGCUUCGUCCGUGACCUCUAUCCAGGUGGCCAAUCUACUUAGACUUUUUAAGAUCCCGCAGGUGAGCUUCUUCUCGACCUCCCCCGAGCUGAGCAACAAACAGCGAUUCGAGUAUUUCUUCCGCACGAUUCCCUCCGACCACUACCAAGUAAAGGCCAUGGUUGAGAUUGUCAAGAAGCUGGGAUGGUCUUAUAUCUCGAUCAUCUACGAGGAAUCCAACUACGGCAUAAAGGCCUUCGAGGAGCUAGAGGACCUCCUUGCAGCCAACGCCAUCUGCAUCGCCGUCAAGGAGAAGCUCGUGAAGGACUCGGGUGUGGCGGAGGAAGUCGCCUACGACCUGAUUGUGCAGCGCCUCCUCCAGAAGCAGCGCGCCCGGGGCGUCAUCAUCUUCGGCUCGGACCAGGAAGUCGCCGGGGUCAUGAGAGCCGUCAGGAGGAACAACGCCACAGGAAGCUUCUCAUGGAUCGGCUCCGACGGCUGGUCCGCGCGCUCUCUUGUGUCCUCAGGUAACGAGCCCGAGGUCGAAGGAACCCUUUCGGUGCAGCCCCAAGCCAACCCCGUGCGAGGCUUCGAUGAAUACUUCCUGGCGCUGACGGUGGAGAGGAACAAGAGGAACCCCUGGUUUGUCGAGUACUGGGAGCACCAAUUCCGAUGCAGAUAUCCCAAUGCCUCACGCACGCCUUACAACGACGCCUACAAUAAACCGUGCACGGGGAGGGAGAGGCUCACUGCGCAGAAUACGGAAUUCGAGGCCCAACUGCAGUUCGUUUCCGACGCCGUCAUGGCCUUCGGGUACGCCUUCAGGGAUAUGCAUAAGGACCUGUGUGGUGGGCAGUGGGGCCUGUGUGCUGAGAUGACACCCGUCGAUGGCGAACAGCUACUGAAUUACCUGAGGAAGGUGGCUUUCCUAGGACUUAGCAAAGAUGACUUUAAGUUCGACAGCCAGGGUGAUGGUCCUGCUCGCUACAACAUUAUCCAUUUCAAGCAGACAAGCAGGUUUCGCUACAGCUGGGUCACCGUCGGUCAUUAUGUUGAAGGGGAGCUUAUGCUGAAUAUGUCAGCCCUCCAGUUCAAGCUGGAGGAACCGUCGCCCCCCGCCAGCGUGUGCUCCCUGCCCUGCCUCACGGGCCAGGCCAAGAAGUACGUGGAGGGCGAGUCGUGCUGCUGGCAUUGCUUCAACUGCUCCACCUACCAGAUAGUGAACCCUUAUGACGAGACGCAGUGCCUCACGUGCGACUGGGGGACGCUGCCCUCGCCCGACCACCUCAGGUGCAACCCCAUUCCCGAGGUAUACAUCCAGACGGACUCCUGGUGGGCGAUCGGGGCCAUGCUCUUCUCCUCCCUGGGCGUGGUGCUCACGGGCGUGGUGGUGUGGGUGUUCGUGAGCCACAACGACACGCCCGUGGUGAGGGCGUCUGGGCGGGAGCUGUCGUAUGUGCUGUUGUCUGGAGUCUUCCUGUGUUACGCCGUUACGUUUGUUUUCGUUCUUAAGCCUACAGCGGUAGUGUGCGGAUGCCAACGGUUUGGCCUUGGCUUCUGCUUCGCCGUCGUGUAUAGCGCCCUGCUCACCAAGACCAACCGAAUCUCCAGGAUCUUCAACGCAGGGAAACGAACAGCCAAGAGACCUUCCUUCAUUACGCCUAAAUCGCAGCUGUGUAUCUGUUUUUGCCUCGUGUUUGUUCAGGUGAUGAUCACGGCGGUGUGGGGCGUCGUGAGUCCCCCCCGGGCGAUUCAUCAUUAUUUAGUGAGGGAGGAUAACUUCCUGGUGUGUGCGGCUUCAAUCAACGCGUCGUAUAUGAUCGCUUUUGCUUAUCCUAUAGGACUGAUUGUAGUGUGCACGGUAUACGCUGUUCUCACGCGCAAGAUUCCCGAGGCGUUUAACGAAAGUAAACACAUCGGCUUCACCAUGUACACCACCUGUAUCAUCUGGCUUGCCUUUGUGCCCAUCUACUUCUCCACGGCUAAUAACGUCGAGCUGCGCAUCACAACCACCUCGGUCACCAUCUCCCUCUCGGCGACGGUGGCCCUCGUGUGUCUGUUCACGCCCAAGCUCUACAUCAUCCUCCUGCACCCGGAGAGGAACGUCCGUCAGAGCAUGAUGCCGGCAGCUAAGUACUCCGCCAUCAAGACGAAUCUUUCUACGUCCUCGCAGAGAGUCGACUCCUGUACGCAGAGUGAAGUCAUCUUCCCCGUGGACUACGAGCUCCACGAGAAGCUGCGGACGAUGGGCUGCGGACCGUCGCCGAGGACGAGCAGCGCGACGCAGACGUGCGGCGCCCCCUGCAGCCCCCCCGAGCACCGGUGCGCCGCCGCCGCCGCCUCCCUCACGCUCAAACCGCUCACUAAUGCUUCCAACGGGCCGCUGCAGGAUGUCCCCGACGUGCAGCUGUAGGCCGCGUCCUGCUGCACCGCUGAAGGCUCUCCUGUUUCGCGCAGCCAGGCAGCCGGCCGGCCUUCCCCUGCGGUCCGAAGCGACGGAGAGGCAGAAGGGACAGCUUCCUGAGGGAGGCGAGGGGGAGGGGAGGAGCUGCCUCGGUGUUCCAUGGCUCUUUUGUUGUUGUUGUUGAAAGGAGUGAUGGAUUAAGGAACUUCCGAAGACUAGCGGAGCCACAGAAAAAAACGGUGAGGAAUUCUUGCAAAUUGUGGAGAAAUGUUGAGAGAAAAAUGUUGGCCAGUGAUUGUGAACAGAAAGUAUAUAUAUUUUUAUUGAGAUUUACACUCUGAUGAAUAAGAUAAAGAAAUAAAACGUUCUUUAGAAAGACAACAAAAUAAACAGAGAAAACGGUAAUGAAACUUUAUGCACGAUGUAUAUUUUUUAUCCUAUGCACUUACAGAAAAUACUCGAAAAUGAAACAAAAAGUGAUUAUUCUGAAGAAAAAAAUAACAGAUACGGGGUGCUCUGCAUCAGAGUUAUUUCAAAACACAGCCCAGGUCCCCUUUUCUGUAAUUUCCUGUAUCUCACCUUUAUUCCCUUCUUCCUGUUCCCUAGAAUCGACGAAUAUCUUUUCUUCCUGUUCUUUAUACUUUUUCUUUGUUUCUCUCUUAUUUCUUUUCCAACUUUCACCAACCCCAUCUCGAAUUUAGCAUAAAAUGCGUAAAAAGACUUUUCGUUAUUUGAAUCAUUUUAACUUGUACAUACAUAACGUAUUUAGUGACGAAAACCACCCCCAAUAAAAGUAGUUCGGUAAACCCCCGCUAGAGGCAUAGCUCGUCCAUAGUCAAUGACCUUUCUAUUUUCCUCUAGAGCAGAGAGUUUGCACCAGAACCACUCUUCCAGACGUCACUAUUUGUGGAUGUAUGUGCGUGUGACUGUAUGUGUGUAUGUGUGUGUGCGUGUGUGUGUUUGUGUGGUGUGUGUGUUUGUGUGAGU